AUGGCCUCAGAAUUAGAACUAGAUGAUAAAAGAAUUGAGUUCCUGGCUGACUAUGUUCUCAACUCAAAUAAACUGAAACCCGACAAGUGGAUGAAGCUAUGGAACGUCGAAGAGAUGAGAAAAACCAUUAUCAACUUCUUUGAAAAUGCGGAUCAAAUGCAUUUGUUCAUUCUUCUAACGCCAGCAGGAGCCCUGCAGGCUCAGACGCAAUUUCCUUCUAGCUCUAAAGCGAAAUCUUGCUACUUUAUGAAGAAAGAAAAGUGUUCUAUAAAGAAAGAUUCUCCUGUUAAUAAACUCCUAAAUUACGGUGAUUUGUCUUCGAAUCCGUUAGAAAAUUUUUCUGCUUUUGUUGACGAGGUUCUUCUACCCCUCGUAAGCAACAAAGAAAACUAUAUGUCGUGGCCAGACAUUAUUUAUGAUGACAUUGUCAAACAUGCUCGUGGGUUGAAGCGCCAAACGGAUAUAAUUGUUGGACAGGCAAAAGGGAAAACAUUCUUGCCUUUAUUGACAGAUUCCGGAGAUGUCUCCUCUGGUAAAAAAGAAAGAAAAAUCAGCAGAUCACUUGUUUACUCAAUCGAGUCAUUGGUAAUUGCUUGGUCACAUCAGAUUCACAAGGCUCUCCUCAAAGAUUCCGCAAAACCUCUACUGGACAACCUCCACCCGAAUCCUCUUGUGGAAAUUGACUUCUGGAAAGCCAAGGCUGCCGACCUGCUGAACAUCUUUGAGCAGCUCAAUGCUUCAAAAGUGCGUCAAAUGGCGAAAAUUUUGGAGCAAGCCAAUAGCAGCUAUUUUUUACCUUUCAAAGAUAUGUUCAAAUCUGUGGUCGCC